AUGACUUAUAAAGUUAUAAUACCAUAUGAUCCGACCAAACUAGUACCAAAAAUGAUUUAAAUUUAGUAUUCUGAAAACCGAAUACAAAUUUGUGUUUGGGCGAUUGAUACCAUUUAUUCAUUUAACAAUUCAGUCGCUCUAGCUAGUUUGACCCUAUUGAAAGCUAAUUUCGCAGAAAUUAACAUUCAUAUUCGUAGACUUUUCAAAGCAUAUAUAGAUUUGGGAAAUUUUAUUAAUGGUACUUCAUCCAUUGACUGGCUUGAACCCCCAUAUUCGCACUAUAAAACAGAGAGAAAGAGUAGAGGGACAAUGCACACGUGACAUGUUGUUUUCUAAGUAAAUCUCAAGAAAUAGAUACGAAAGACAGGUGAAAGCUUUGCUAUACGGUUACAACAUAUCACCUGCAAUUUCAACAGAGAAUUGUUCAUAACCAGAAAAGCCAGAAACAAACGUAGUUUAUAUAAAAAUUCAGAAAGCAUAUAAAAGGACUAAUCAUAAGCUAAACUUGAAUCUUGCAAGUCUUGCAGUUUUUUUUGGGUUAUAGUUUUGUUUACUUAAUUUAUUUCCGUUUAUUUAACUAAAUUUGUUAGUUAGCAAGAUUUUGGUUUAUUUCAAUUAAAAUUUUAUGUUAACUAAAUCAGUUCAGAAUUUAAUGGUUAAAUCUGUUUUCAGUAACCAGUUCGGUUAAGUAGAAUUUAAUAAAUUUGUGACCAAAUAAUUAAUAAAUUUGGUGAUCGGUAUUAAAUAUGUCGCCAACGUAAAAUAAAUCUAUCAAAUUGUAAAUAAAUUUGUGGUCAAAAGAUAAACAAAUCUAUCAAAUCCAUAUUAAAUCUGUCAAAAUAAAGUAAAUCCAUGGUCAAAAGAUAAUAAAUCAGUCAAACCGCAAAUAAAUCUGUCAAAAAUAGGUAAAUCAGUAGCAAAGAAAAAAACAAAUCUAUCAAAUUCUAUAUAAAUCUGUCAAAAUUAAGUAAAUUUGUGGUCAAGGAAACUAAAUCUUAUUAAAUCUGUAAAAAUUUAAUAAAUCUGUGACCAAACGUGACAAAUUUAUUAGAAUAAAUAUGUAGAAAUUUAGUUAAGUCUAUAUAAUUUAAGAUAAAUCUGUCACCGAAGAAAAAUAAAUAUAAGUUUGUGGUUACAUAAAACGUGGAAAAAUAAGUCUCUGAGUAAUGACAUUUUCGUAAUUUUUAUUUUUGAUAACAAAGGACUUAGGGGUAAAACAGGUAUGAAAAAUAAAUUAAUAAUUAAAAUAAAAUUAGAGUCAUUUCAGUAAUUAACUAAUGAAUUAGGGUUAAACUAGUUUUUUUCCCUUUAUUAGUUCCACAAUGGUACGGUUCAAAGUAUAACAUAAAAAUCAUAUCUUAACGUUUAUUUCAUGAAAAUGUCUGAAUCAAGGAUAUUAUCCUCAUGGACUUCAUCACCAAUGUUGCUGAUUCUUCUCAGCCUUCUAAUGGCUUCCUUUUCCGACACCACGUCUGCACAAAUCGGAGUAUGCUACGGAAGGUUAGGCAAUCCCCGGCCAAGUCCAUCAGACGUUGUGGCUCUUUACAAGCACCGCAACAUCCAGAGGAUGCGGAUUUACGACCCCGACCAUGACACUCUCAACGCUCUCCGCAACUCCAACAUCGAGCUCAUCCUCGACGUUCCCAAAGCAGACCUCGAACGCAUCGCCUCCAGCCAAGCCGAGGCCGACACGUGGAUCCGCAACAACGUCAAGAACUACGAGGGUGUCAGAUUCAGGUACAUCACGGUCGGAAACGAGGUGGAACCCUCGGAGCCAGCUGCGAGGGCUCUCUUCCAGGCCAUGAAAAACAUCGAUAACGCGGUUUCUAGAGCAGGCCUUGGGAUCAAGGUGUCGACGGCUAUAGACAUGGGAGCCACCAUGGACACGUACCCUCCGUCGCACGGAAGAUUCAGAGACGACUAUAUCAACUUUCUCCAACCGGUGAUAGGUUUCUUGGUAAGCAAGCAAUCUCCUCUGCUCUUGAAUAGCUACCCUUACUUCAGCUACAAGGAUGACAUGAAAGACAUCCCUCUAGAGUACGCUCUGUUCAAACCGACCCCUCCAGUCAUUGACGGGCAGUACUCUUACCAUAACCUCUUCGACGCCCAACUUGACGCGGUCUACGCAGCAUUGGAGAAAUCAGGGGGAGGAUCGUUGGAAGUCGUGGUGUCUGAGAGCGGUUGGCCGACGCAGGGAGGAGCAGGGACUAGUGUGGAGAAUGCAAUGACUUAUGUUAAUAAUUUGAUACAACAUGUGAAAAGUGGAACUCCGAGAAAGCCAGGGAAAGCUAUAGAGGCUUAUAUAUUCGCUAUGUUUGAUGAGAAUCAGAAGGGUCCCCUUGAGCUUGAGAAGUUCUGGGGGAUGUUUCUUCCUAAUCAACAGCCUAAGUAUAAUGUUAAUUUCAACUAAUAAAAUAAGAGUAAUAGUAAUAAUAAUUCAAAAUAAUAUCCUUAUAGAAGUAAGGGCAAGCGAUGCAAUAAAAUGCUAUUCCAGAACUGA